ACUUUGCAUCAGACUAAUAAUAGGAUGUUUUCUUGCUUGCAUUGGCCAUUGUAGAUUAUAGAAAAACACAAGGAAAGCUAAUCUCAAACGAAUAUUCGAACAAUCAAUCAUUCCAAUCUUCGCCAAUUACCUAAUUUAGUUUUGCUCUCAAUUCGUUAUUUAAUCCCACUGCCCUCUCUGCUAAAAGUUUUCUUUACUGCCCAACUUCUCCCGAAGGGGUUGCUUUUGUGUCAUUGUACCAGGAUGUGUCCUAGGUCGAGUUGAACGUUUUUAGUUCUAUGGAAUCAGAUUCAGAUAGUAGCACUUCAACUGAAAUUAGUGAUGGUUGGUAUGAUGGUGUCAGGCAAUACGAUCCAGUGCAGUCAUCACUGAUACCUGGGCUUCCUGAUGAUAUUACCUUUUUCUGCUUGGCAAGGGUUCCUAGGAAGUAUCAUGCAGUCCUGAAAUGUGUUUCAAAGCGAUGGAGAGAUUUAGUUUCUAGUGAAGAGUGGUAUUUAUACCGGAAAAAGCAUCACCUGGAGGAGACAUGGAUUUAUGCUUUGUGCAAAGAUGAGUUAGACCACCUUGGCUGUUAUGUUUUAGACCCCAAUCGGUUACUAAGUGGGUGGAAGCGCAUCCAAGGCCUUCCUGGUUGUUGUAAAAGGAGAAGAGGCAUGGGCUUCGAAGUGUUGGGAAAGAGAGUUUACCUCAUUGGUGGCUGCGGUUAUAUUGAAGAUGCUACCAAUGAAGCCUAUUGCUAUGAUGCUGGUACGAACUGUUGGAGUGAAGCUGCUCGCUUGCCAGUUACAAGGUGCUAUUUUGCCUGCCAAGCUGUGGAUAACAAAAUCUUUGCCAUUGGUGGUUCAGAUCCUGGAUCAAGCAAUCUGCAGUCCUUGGAUGCUUAUGAUCCUCAGACAAAUUGUUGGAAUUCGCAUGUGGACCCUAAUGUUCUUGAUGAUAUUGAAGAUUCAGUAGUCUUGGAUGGGAAAAUCUAUGUUCGUUGUGGUUCGUCUGCUGUAUCUUCGCAUGUAUAUGCUCUUGCUUAUGAACCAUCAAGUGGUACAUGGGAACAGGCUGCUCCAGAUAUGGUCAUGGGCUGGCGGGGUCCUGCUAUCGUUGUGAAUGGGACUCUUUAUGUCUUGAACCAGACUUCAGGAACCCAGUUGAUAAUGUGGCAGAAGGAUACCAGACAAUGGAUCUCUGUCAGGAGAUUUUCAUCUAAAUGGACGAGGCCACCGUGCCGGCUCGUAGCAAUUGGGGAGGACAUAUUAAUUAUUGGCAAGGGGCUUAGCACCAUGGUGUUUUCUACUAAAAAUGCUGGAAAAAUGGAUGGAAUAAUGUUGAGCUCGUCGUUUCGAGGGUUAAAUUCUGACUUAGAAGUGAUAAAUUGUAGAUCUAUUGCAGUCUAGAACUCAAAGAAACUGACUUCCAGCAUAUGCGGAUAGUUAACAUCUCUUUUCUUCCCAUAUUUUAUGGUGCUUUCCCUUUCUUUAAGUUCUAUGCAUCUCCUUCAAAAAAAAAUAUACAUCCAGGUGGGACUUUCCUUUAAGGAAUUAUUUUUGC